AUGGCCGUGCAGAGGAAGGAUCGUAACCACACUAUGGUCUCUGAUACGAAUAUCGUUGUUUUACAGGAUGACGUCACCGUACUAGAUGACUCUGAUUCAGAAACACCUACGUCUUCAUGUAGAGGGGUUCAGUCCAGUGUUUCAGAACAGAACGAGCAGCUGAUUCCAUUGGCAUUUUCUGUUAUAGAUAGCGGAGUGGAGGAUCCACUGGAUAUUGGCAGUGAAAAUGAAAAUAUAAUUGUGAGCGACAUAUUAGACGCUGAUACGGUCAGAGACGAAGUGAAGAAUGAAAUUAAAAUGGAAAAACAAGGGGAGGCUCACACGGCAGCAGAUGAAGUCAGGGUGGAAGAGACUAUUGGCUGUGAAGAUAUUUCUGCUGACGACAGAGAGGCUGCGUCAUCUACGCAGGAUGAUGAAGUCAUGGUAGUGUUGCAUGGAGCAGGUCUCAUGUUCCUCCGUAGCGCAUUACAAGCUCCAGUCACACGUCCACAGUGAAAGAAAUCUCCGAGAAAGAAUUAUAUGGGCAAGGCUCAGCGUAUCUAGUGACCUGCAGCGGAGAAGUCUUUGGAACAUUGUGGGAAACGGACUAUAAUAUCUCCAUAAUCUCAAAGACUCACGGUACUUGAAAGAGGUAAACGCAGUUCUGUUGAGCACUCGUGAUAGAAAAUCCCUGCAUUGCUGCUGUUCAGUAAGGUCUCUGGUAUCUCUUCGUGUUUGACCAAGAAGCGGUGGCUACUCUGACAAGGCCCCAACCUGCCGCAUCUCCGCAGGCAUAGCAUUUCGUGAACGUAGCCGUAGCUCAAGAGUAAACUAUCGCAGGGAGAAUAACCUGUAGAAAGUUUAAUAAAAACUUCCCAGUGCUAAAGCAGAUGUUGAAAAUGCUCUCUUCCUGACUGAAUGCACAAGGUGUACCCGCAGAACGCUGGUGUUAGUCCCCAGAAACUGCUGAAAUCCCACAGUGGAUAUUGUUCGUUAGUUCUUCCAGACUGUGAGGAUUUAUUUCAUAUGCUUCGUCUUUUAAACUUGCCCCCAAGAAAAAGUCACAAAAUAUUGAAAUGAGGUCAAUGAAAACCUCCUGCAGAACUUCCAAACUUUUACGUGCCGUAUGAGCUAUUGCAGAAUCCUACUGCAAGACGCUGUGUAGCCUUUCUUGUUAUGUUAGCCGAGCAUAAAAUGGGCAUAGGAUGUUCACAUACCUGGCAGCAUAAACUGUGUCAUUGUAAACGAGUCCAAUUAUCCUGCACGUAUUGCUGACCAAAAACCAACUUUUUCGUCACGAAGAGGAAGUUCAGGAAUAAGUCUUGGAUUUCCGCACUCCAGUACUGAUUGUUCUGAGAAUUUAACUCUGAGGGCCACGACUCAUCAAGGGGGAGAAAGAAAACAAAAAACUAAUGACUCAACUUCUCUAACAUUCACAGAGUGAAGAAACCAAUUACAAAAAUUUAUAUAAGAAGGAUGUUGAAAAUUAAGUGGACUGAUAAAGUACGAAAUGAGCUGGUCUUAGACAG